GAAAAAGUGAGAGACACACAUCUUCGGAGAGAAUCUAUUCUUCUUCUUCUUCUUCUUCCUCCAUUUUUUCAUCUUCUUCUCUGUUUCAAGAGAUCCACUAGUGACUGAAGAGGCAACACCAUGGCCAUGGUCAAAGAGAAAGAACAAAACACUAAAGACAAAAAGCUCCUCGUCGGCGUAAUAUGGAACUUCUCCGCCGAGCUCAAGCUCACUUUCAUGGCGUUACUAGUUCUAUGCACUUUAGCCACUCUCUUACCUUUCAUACCUUCUUCAUUCUCUCUCUCCACUUCCGAUUUCCGUUUCUGCAUCUCACGCUUCUCCUCCGCCAUCCCCGUCAACACCACCACCACCACCACCACCGUAGAAGAAUCAUCAUCAUCCUCACCGGAUCGAGUUUUGGAUAACGGAGUUAUUAAACGGACGUUUACUGGUUACGGCUCUGCUGCUUAUAACUUCGUUUCAAUGAGUGCUUACAGAGGCGGCGUUAACUCUUUCGCCGUUAUCGGAUUAUCAUCAAAACCCUUACACGUGUACGGUCAUCCUUCCUACAGAUGCGAAUGGGUCUCAUUUGACCCGACUCAAGAUCCGAUUUCAACAACCGGGUCUAAAAUCCUAACCGAUUGGGGUUACGGACGGAUCUACACAACAGUCGUCGUUAACUGUACUUUCUCAUCAAUCUCCGCCGUGAAUCCACAAAACUCCGGUGGAACUCUCAUCCUCCACGCUACCACCGGAGAUCCAAAUCUCAAUCUCACCGAUUCAAUCCCAGUCCUAACGGAAUCUCCCAAAUCCGUCGAUUUCAAUCUCUAUAACUCCACGAAGAAGAAGUACGAUUACCUCUAUUGUGGCUCGUCUCUCUACGGAAACUUAUCUCCACAGAGAAUCAGAGAAUGGAUCGCUUACCAUGUUCGAUUCUUCGGAGAACGGUCACAUUUCGUGCUACACGACGCCGGAGGGAUUCAUGAGGAAGUAUUUGAGGUUUUAAAGCCAUGGAUUGAGCUAGGGAGAGUGACGAUACAUGAUAUUAGAGAUCAAGAACGAUUCGAUGGAUAUUAUCAUAAUCAGUUCAUGAUUGUGAAUGAUUGUUUGCAUAGGUAUAGAUUCAUGACGAAGUGGAUGUUCUUCUUUGAUGUUGAUGAGUUUUUACAUGUUCCGGUGAAAGAGACGGUUUCGUCGGUGAUGGAAUCUUUGGAGGAAUAUUCUCAGUUUACUAUUGAACAGAUGCCUAUGAGUAGUCGGAUUUGUUAUUCCGGUGAUGGUCCGGCCAGAACUUACAGGAAAUGGGGAAUUGAGAAACUUGCAUAUAGAGAUGUCAAGAAGGUUCCAAGACGGGACCGAAAAUACGCGGUCCAGCCGGAGAAUGUAUUUGCGACAGGCGUACACAUGUCUCAGAAUCUACAAGGGAAAACUUACCAUAAGGCCGAGAGCAAAAUCCGUUACUUCCAUUACCAUGGUUCGAUCUCUCAACGUCGUGAACCUUGUCGUCACCUUUUUAACGAUUCUCGAGUGGUAUUCGAGAACAGUCCUUAUGUGCUCGAUACUACAAUCCGCGAUGUUGGCCUUGCUGUGAGGACGUUCGAGUUGAGAACGAUCGGUGAUCGGCUGCUUCGGACAAGGCAAUGAAGAGAUGAAAAAAUGAAUAGUGAAUGUAAUCAUCUUUAGAAAGAAUUAGAAGUUGUCGAGAUGAGAGAUGGGGCAGAUGUUUAAUUACUUUUUAUUGUUUUCUUUUGGGGGUAUAUUCUUUUAUUGUAUCAUAUAAUUUGGGUAAUAGGUUCUUUAAUACAGCUUAAAAGACUCU